UCUUCGCCAUCUAUUUCAGCUGCUAGCUCGUUCACUAGUUGGAUGGAUGGUCGCCGGCGGCCAGAGGCCCUCUCCGGCAAUGUCUCAAGCCUUGCGGCCGCGCUGGUCGGUGUUGUGGCCUUCUCGUCUGCGGGUGAUCCGCCAGGCACGUCCCGGCACCGCCGCCGUCUCCUUCAACAACCGAUGUAAUGAUCGCCCCCGCCGCCGCGCGCCGCCGCUGACGCCAAUGGCAGCCGCCGCCGCCGCCGACGCCGGGCCCGAGCUGCGGCGGAGCUCCAGCAUCGACCGCAUCCCGGCGGAGGCGCGCCGCAUCCUGCACCGCCUCGCCGGCGAGCUCUGGGGCGCCGACGUCGACCCCGCGGCCCUCGUCGUGUCCCAGCUCAAGGGCGCCCUCACCAACGAGGUCUUCCGCAUCACCUGGCCCGGCGGCGAGGGCGACCCGCGCAAGGUGCUCGUGCGCAUCUACGGCCAGGGCGUCGAGGUCUUCUUCGACCGCGCCGACGAGGUCCGCACCUUCGAGUGCAUGUCCCGCCACGGCCAGGGCCCCCGCCUCCUCGGCCGCUUCCCCCAGGGCCGCGUCGAGGAGUUCAUCAACGCCAGGACGCUCUCGGCGCCGGAUCUGCGCGACCCGGAGAUUUCCGGCCUGAUUGCCAGGAAGCUGCGGGAGUUUCACGAGCUCGACAUGCCUGGACCCAAGGACAUCUCACUCUGGCAGAGGCUGAGGCGGUGGCUUGAGGAGGCUCGCAGCAGGUGCUCGACUGAGGAGGCCAGGGAAUUGCGGUUGGAGACGCUCGGCGAUGAGAUUGCGGAGCUGGAGAAUGUAUUGUCCGGGAUAGAUCAGAGAGUAGUAUUUUGCCAUAAUGAUUUGCAGUAUGGAAACAUUAUGAUAUACGAAGAGACCAGACAAGUGACCUUAAUUGACUAUGAAUACGCCAGCUUUAACCCUGUUGCGUUCGACAUUGCCAAUCACUUCUGUGAGAUGGCUGCUGAUUAUCAUAGUGAUACACCGCACGUGAUGGACUUCACAAAAUAUCCUGACGUGGAUGAACAGCGGAGAUUUCUUGAGGCUUACCUUAGUUCUUCAGGAGAAAACACAUCCGAUGUAGAAGUCGAAACAUUGCUUGGCUUGAUUGCAAAGUACAGUCUCACAAGCCAUCUCUUCUGGGGUCUCUGGGGAAUAGUCUAGGCGCAUGUGAACAAGAACAUUGACUUUGAGUACAAGGAGUACGCGAGGCAUCGGUUCGACCAGUACUGGGAUACGAAGCCGAGAAUACUGCAAGCCUGCAACCCAACCAGCUGAUCAUUCGCAUGGCUCGUUCUUUUUCUUAUAGCAUCCGUCGCCUCUCGAGUAGCUCUGUGGAGUCCUGUGACUGUGAAUCUUGUUCAUCAGCCAAUUUGGCUGCAAAUCGUUUAGGCUAGUAGUUGACCGUGUCGUGUAAUUAAACCUGCGCAGAAUAGUCGAUUCUACGGUUUUACACAAGCUUCUUUCCGUGUCACACCUGUUACAUAGUUCGUGUCUCCAAGAAUCUCUUGGAUUGCUUA